AUGGAGGAUGCCGAGUGGGUUCUGGUGAGGAAGCCUGCUGAGAAGGACCUGUGGGCCCCAAGUUUAGUGGAGGAGGAGAGUUCUAAGCCUUUGAAGGUUACGUUUUCUGGGCCUGCCAAGCAUUGGACUGAUGCUAUUCCAAUCGGGAAUGGGAGGCUUGGAGCCAUGGUGUGGGGUGGUGUGGCAUCAGAAAAACUCCAACUCAAUGAGGACACACUCUGGACAGGAACUCCUGGGAACUAUACCAACCCAAAGGCUCCAGAGGCACUCACAGAGGUUAGAAAACUUGUUGACAGUGGUAAAUAUGUUGAAGCUACUGAAGCAGCAGUCAAGUUGUCAGGAGAUCCUUCUGAUGUUUACCAACUAUUGGGCGACAUCAACCUAGAAUUUGAUGACUCUCACCUCAAAUAUGCUGAAGAAAGUUACAGCAGAGAGCUAGACCUGGAUACUGCAACAGCAAGGAUCAAAUACUCAGUGGGUGAUGUAGAAUAUACAAGGGAGCAUUUUUCAUCUAAUCCUGAUCAAGUGAUUGUGACGAAGAUCUCUGGAAGCAAAUCAGGGUCCCUAACAUUUACAGUUUCUCUAGACAGCAAGUUACAUCAUAAUUCACAUGCAAAUGGUAAAAACCAAAUUAUAAUAGAAGGAAGUUGUCCUGGAAAAAGGAUCUCACCAAAAUUCUUGAGUUUGAAUGACAAUCCGAAAGGGAUUCAGUUUUCCGCGGUCCUUGAUUUGCAGAUUAGUGGUGGCAGUGGUGUGAUACAUGUUCUGGAUGACAAGAAAUUAAGGGUUGAAGGGUGUGAUUGGGCUGUUUUGCUUCUGGUGGCCUCAUCUUCAUUUGAAGGACCAUUUUCUAAGGCUUCUGCUUCUAAGAGGAACCCAACUUCAGAGUCUCUCAAUGCAUUGAACUCUAUAAGAAAAUUUUCAUAUUCCGAUCUUUAUGCUCACCAUUUGGAUGACUAUCAGAAUCUUUUUCAUCGUGUCUCAUUGCAGCUUUCUAAGAGCUCUAAGAAAAUUUUAGGAGAUAAAACUUUGGAGCCAAAGAAACUUACCCCUAUAAGCAGUUCAAAUUUAAAGGGAAGUGAUGAUGCCUCAGUUUCAACUGCUGACAGGGUGAAAUCCUUCAAAACUGAUGAAGAUCCUUCCUUUGUGGAACUUUUAUUCCAAUAUGGUCGAUAUCUGCUUAUUUCUUGUUCACGGGUUGGAACUCAAGUGGCAAACCUGCAGGGUAUAUGGAACAAGGAUAUUGAGCCUCCAUGGGAUGGUGCUCAGCAUUUGAAUAUAAAUCUUCAAAUGAACUAUUGGCCUUCCCUUCCUUGUAACCUAAGAGAAUGUCAGGAGCCCUUAUUUGAUUACACAUCUUCUUUAUCUAUCAAUGGGAGUAAAACUGCAAAGGUGAACUACGAAGCCAGCGGUUGGGUUGUGCAUCAAGUGUCUGACAUAUGGGCCAAAACAUCUCCAGAUCGAGGUCAAGCUGUGUGGGCGUUAUGGCCAAUGGGAGGAGCCUGGCUUUGUACUCAUCUAUGGGAACAUUAUACUUAUACAAUGGACAAAGAUUUUCUGAAAAAUAAGGCAUAUCCUUUGUUGGAAGGAUGUACAUUAUUUCUGCUGGAUUGGUUGAUUGAAGGCCGUGGAGGGUAUCUCGAAACCAACCCAUCAACUUCUCCAGAGCACAUGUUUAUUGCUCCUGAUGGUAAGCAGGCCAGUGUGAGCUACUCAUCAACCAUGGACAUAUCAAUCAUAAAAGAAGUUUUUUCUGCAACACUUUCUGCUGCUGAGGUUUUAGGAACUCAGGAUGCUGUUGUUCAGAAAGUUCGUGAGGCUCAACCUAGGCUUUUACCCACAAAAAUUGCUAGAGAUGGUUCCAUUAUGGAAUGGGCACAAGAUUUUGAGGACCCAGAAGUGCACCAUCGGCAUGUAUCACACUUGUUUGGCCUGUUUCCGGGACACACAAUUACCAUUGAGAAAACUCCAGAUCUCUGUAAAGCUGUGGAAAAUUCCCUCUAUAAAAGAGGAGAGGAGGGUCCAGGAUGGUCAACUAUGUGGAAGACUGCUUUGUGGGCACGUCUUCACAACAGUGAGCACGCGUAUCGUAUGGUCAAGCAUUUGAUUGACUUGGUGGAUCCAGAUCAUGAAGCUGAUUUUGAAGGAGGACUAUACAGUAACUUGUUCACUGCCCAUCCCCCUUUCCAGAUUGAUGCCAACUUUGGUUUUUCAGCCGCAGUUGCAGAAAUGCUUGUCCAAAGCACCAUCAAGGACCUGUAUUUACUUCCCGCUCUUCCCCGGGAUAAAUGGGCAAACGGUUGUGUGAAAGGACUGAAGGCUCGUGGCGGGGUGACAGUCAACAUAUGUUGGAAGGAAGGAGACCUUCACGAAGUCGGUCUUUGGUCCAAGGACCACAGUUCUAUUAAAAGAUUACAUUAUAGAGGAAGUACAGUUACAACAAACAUAUCAUCUGGCAGGAUAUAUACUUUCAACAGACAGUUAAAACGUGUGAGGACAACAAGUCUCUGA